AUGUCAAACGGACAACCAACCCGAAGAAUUUCACAAGUGUCCCGGCGAACGUCAAUGAGCUCUGGCUCGGGGCAAGGCAUGGGACAGAUGCCUGGCUACGGAGCGUCUCCGGCAGCGGCUCACCGAUGGAGAAAACUGUCUCGCACCAUGUCGCUGGCGUUGUCGAUGGGGCGAAGAUUCUCUUACCUGGGGCGGCCAUCUGUCGCUGGGAUGCACUCUGACCACAUGAGAAUGCCCAAAAUGGAGGUGAAGCUGGAAAACACGUACCAGCUGAAACCGGAUGAAGAUAAGAAGUACAGUCCCCACGCGGUUAGGACGGUCAUGCAGAAUAUAUUGGACUCUACGCUUGACGGUGUUCGAUACGACCCAACGUCUUCGGCCAUUGUCGCACAAAACCUGACGGAUGUUAUAAAAACGCGAAUCAAGGAAUUUAACUAUCAUCGGUAUAAAAUCAUCGUCACAGUUUAUAUCGGCUCUCAAAAGGGGCAGAGUCUACAGAUGUCGAGUCGAGCCAUCUGGGACACCGAAAACGAUAAUUUUUCCACUGCAACCUAUACAAAUGAAUCGUUAUUUUGCGUAGCUUUGGCCCACGGAGUGUACUUCGAAUAG